GCACUUUGGGUGGAGGCUUUCAGAAAGAACACCAUUUUCCUGUCCAAUUUCCAUCUGAUUAAAACAAGAAACUUCACAAAGUGGUGGAUGUGGAUAAUUUUGAUGUUUUACAUUCAGGCAUGAAGAUGUAUAAGGCUGGCACUGAGUGGAGUGUCGGAUCUCUUUUGGUUAACACACCACACAGACACACACUCACUAACUCUCAUCGCCGGCAACACAAAGAACCAACUCAUUGUUAAUGGACAAUAGGAGUGUUUGAGUUCCAGCAGCAGAAAGAAAUGAGAAAUACUAACAAGUCUGAAGUAAGAACAACACUGGGACCCAAGCAAUAACAGGAAUACAAGGAUUAAGUGGAAGAUGCAAUGCCUGGAUCUCAGCUGCUAAGCUGGCUUCGGAUUGUCCAAGCGGCAGUGGCCUUCUUAAAUUUGUCAGCUUUGCUGGAGGCAGCGCCUGAGUUUUCAGGUUACUUACAGAAGGUUUUGAAGAACCACACUGCCCAUGCUUGUGAUGGGGAGCAGCUGACGAUCAUUUGUCCCCACCGGACCUCAGUUGCUGUCCUUUCUGCAUUUUAUGGGCGCCGGGUGCCCAGUAGAAACCUCUGCCCAAACUCAGGUGACCUCUCUUUAGAGAACACCGACUGCAUAUCUGCCACAGCCCUUCAGAAAAUGAUGGACGAGUGUCAGGACCAGCGAUGGUGUCAUUUCUCUGUCCACAGCCGGGUGUUUGGACCAGAUCCCUGUCCAGGAACCCAUAAAUACCUGGUGGUUUCGUACAAAUGCCGACCAGCCAACCACCGACUCAAGACUGUGUGCGAAGAUGAGAAACUGAGGCUGCAAUGCCGAAACAAAUCUGUCCUCGCCAUUUAUUCUGCCGUCUAUGGGAGGCCUUUGCAGGGGAAGCCAGAGUGCAAUUCUGUGAAUGGGACAAGAGCGGACAUAGAGUGUGUGGCCCCAGAUGCCUUAAGGAGAGUCACCCGGAGAUGCCAACGAAAGCAGAACUGUACCAUCAUUGCAAAUAAAGCCACUUUUGGAGAUCCCUGCUUUCCUGGUGUGAAGAAACAGCUGAGAGUCUCCUACACUUGUGUACCAAAGCAAUUGCUGGAAGAAGUGGGACAUGGUGACUCCCAGGAAGACCCUUUUGCAAUCUCGGACUACACCCAUGGUGGCUGGUACACUGGGCCAAGGCUGUACAGGCUCCAAGAGAAUCAGAUGAUAUUUACUAGCUCUCUGGAAACUUUUGCCCAUAUGUGGGGCGUCCCGGAGAAGGUUGGCUUUUAUUUCUUGUGUGGGGUCUCAGGGGGCCUGGUGUUCCUCCUCAUCCUCUUUGUGCCCAAAAUGGCCUUGCUGAGGGAUUUAAAGGAGGUUUUCAAAGCCACAGAGCUAAACGACAGCUUGGAACUGGAGAGAACCAAGUUGCAGGAUGAACGGGAAGAAGAGAUUCAUGACGACAGCUCUUCUGACUCUUCUUUCUGCCACCUCACCCGCAUCUACCACAACUCCAACAACAUCUUUGGGCCAGAGCUGACUGCUGUGCUGGAAGGAGUGACUGACCAAAGGGGCCACGAGGGAGAUGAAAUCUGGAUACCCAAGGAGUCCAGCCCAUAUGCCAUCCACAAAAUUAAGUCUGCCACCAAAUGAGACAGCAUGACAAGAAGCCAAGGAGCAGUGGAACAAGGAAUGGUGGAAGACAUCCUUUCUAAAGUUGGUCUUCUCAAAAUCUUUGCCUCCGUCCAAUGCUUUCCCAUUUGAAGAGGAAAAUACAUGGACUCUCGACAUCUUUCUUUCCACAAGAGGAAAAGCAGCUUGGGAGAGGAAACAAACAGUGUAGGAAAGUAGAGAGUUUCUUGACCAUUCCACUGCUCUUAUUAACCACAGCUUCAGAAACGGCUGAAUCUGGAGAAGAUAAAAUUCAGGAAAAGAUGGAUCUGAUUGGUUCCCUGUUGCUGCAGUUCUUCUUAAAGGAAGACAAGGUUUGCCACCUCCUCCAAUUUGUAAAACUUUCUGUCCCUGAUCACCACUAACAGCCCAGUUGGCUGGUGCUGCACUUCCAUUCGGAACAUGUCUCUUUGCGGGUCAAAAUGCUGUAAGACUCUUUAAGUGGCUGUUGUGCUUAUGUUGCUGGUUUGUAUUUGUUGUGUGAAAAGUAGUUCAAAAGUAUUGGCGCCAAAAAGAGAACUCUAACUACCACUUGUCUCUGUAUCAUUUGCACUAUUUUUGGUGUGGUUCUGGGGAUAGUUCUCCUGGUACAGUGCUGUUACUGAAGGCUGAAACAAAAGGCUGGUGUGAGGCCAGAGGUGCUCCUCAACCCUUUAUGUAUUGCUGCUUUCUUCCUAAAAACCUCUCCCGUCUUAGUAAUAUCUUUACAGCAGGACCUUUAGAAGGAUGUUUACGGCAAGUUUAAAAAGGGAAGGUGUGUGGGUGGGGGAGAGAGGGCAAAGAACCCCAUUCCUGCUAUGCUAAUCUUCCGAGACACAGUGUGCAUUGCAAAAAAAAAUAAAAUUAAAAUUA